AUGGGUGUCGACGAAACCCACCACGACGAGGGCGCUCGCAACCACUCGGUCGCCCUCCAGACGGCCGACAACAUCGACCAGAUCGAGGCUCCCGUCACCUGGAAGGCCUACCUCAUGUGCGCCUUUGCCUCCUUCGGUGGCAUCUUCUUCGGUUACGACUCUGGGUACAUCAACGGUGUCAAUGGUUCCAAGUACUUCAUCCACGAGGUCGAGGGCCUUGGCCAUGACAAGCUCCGCGAAAGCCACCAGUCUCUGAUCGUCUCUAUCCUCUCCUGCGGUACCUUCUUUGGUGCUAUCAUCGCCGGUGAUAUCGCUGACCGCAUCGGCCGCAAGUGGACUGUCAUUACUGGUUGCAUCAUCUACUGCAUUGGUGUUGUUAUCCAGAUGAUUACUGGUCAUGGUGAUCCUCUUGCUUGCAUCGUCGCUGGUCGUCUCAUUGCCGGUAUCGGUGUCGGUUUCGAGUCUGCCAUUGUUAUCCUGUACAUGUCUGAGAUUUGCCCCCGCAAGGUUCGUGGUGCUCUCGUCGCUGGUUACCAAUUCUGCAUCACCAUCGGUCUGCUGCUCGCCGCCUGUAUCGUCUACGGAACUGAGGACUUCUACAACCCCAACUCCUACCGCAUUCCCAUCGCCAUCCAGUUCCCCUGGGCUGUCAUCCUCGGUGGUGGUCUCCUGUUCCUCCCCGACUCUCCCCGAUACUUUGUCAAGAGGGGCCGCAUCGAAGACGCCAUUGACGCCCUCUCCCGUGUCCGUGGUCAGCCCAAGGACUCCAAGUAUGUCCAGACCGAGCUGGCUGAGAUUAUCGCCAACGAGGAGUACGAGCGCCAGAUCAUUCCCUCCACCUCUUGGAUCGGCAGCUGGGCCAACUGCUUCAGGGGCAGCCUCUGGGAUGGCAAGUCUAACCUUCGCCGAACCAUCCUCGGUACCUCUCUUCAGAUGAUGCAGCAAUGGACUGGUGUCAACUUCAUCUUCUACUACUCCACCCCCUUCCUCCAGUCCACUGGUGCCAUUGACAACAGUUUCCUCAUCUCGCUCAUCUUCACCCUGGUCAACGUCUUCUCGACCCCCCUGUCCUUCUGGACCGUCGAGCGCUUCGGUCGCCGCAGCAUCCUCAUCAUUGGUGCCUUCGGUAUGCUUGUCUGCCAGUUCCUCGUUGCCAUCAUCGGUGUCACUAUCGGUUUCAACCACACCCACCCCACUCCCACCGAAGACGACCCUGACAAGGUCACUGCCAACAACAUCAGCGCUGUCAACGCCCAGAUCGCCUUCAUUGCCAUCUUCAUCUUCUUCUUCGCCUCCACCUGGGGUCCCGGUGCCUGGAUCGUCAUUGGCGAGAUCUUCCCUCUCCCCAUCCGAUCUCGUGGUGUUGGUCUCUCGACUGCUUCCAACUGGCUGUGGAACACCAUCAUCGCUGUCAUCACCCCCUACAUGGUUGGCGAGAACCGAGGCAACCUCAAGUCGUCCGUCUUCUUCAUCUGGGGAGGUCUCUGCACAUGCGCCUUUGUCUAUUCUUACUUCCUGGUCCCCGAGACCAAGGGACUGUCUCUGGAGCAGGUCGACAAGAUGAUGGAGGAGACCACCCCCCGCAACUCUGCCAAGUGGAAGCCCCAUACUACCUUUGCCGAGACCAUGGGCGGUGGCGAGAUCUUCGAGAGGAAGGCUGUUGCCAAGGCUGAGCACGACGACUCUGCCGCCUAA